AACCCUAAUUUUUCCUAUUCCCCAGCCCUUCACCCCCUUUUUAUUUCAACGCAUCCAUGCACAGCAGAGGAAGAGAAGAGAGGAAUGAAGUCCUUCACGUCGCUGUCAGAUCUGAAGCCGCCGAGGAUCCUAACGCUGUCGAAGCUGUAUUGUCGCGUCACCGUCGCUGUGCCUCGGCCGAACGCGUCACACCUCGCUGCAGUGAUGUCAUUGCUAUCGCGAGGGAGAACAGAUGUGUGAGGAAUGAAGCUCGCAGGGGAGAAAGAAGACGCCGCCUUUACCGCCAGCACCGUCGCAUCAGAUCUCCACUGUUGCUGUCGAAGGUCCGUCACCAUGGCCGUGGAGAGGAGCCACCGUUCAUGCUUGUCGCCACCAAAAGAGGAGCCGCUGCUGCUGUCGAUUGUCACUGGAGAACACACCGUCGUGCCUCUGAUCGCCAGAAUCAUGGACCGGAGGGAACAGGGAUACCUCUUCUGUUGCUGUUGCUUCGUUCUUUUAUUACAACAGUAAAGAAAACACGAGGACCAACACAAUGCUUGAAGAUUCAUGCAAGACAGUUGAAACAUAGAGAAGAAAUUACUCUAGAUAUUGAAGGAGAAGCAUUUGGUCCUACUGAAGAAGCUGUAAACAACUUGAGCAAAUUUUUGGGCACAGUGGCAAGGAAUUCAUAUUUUUGUCCAUUAAUUUAGACAAACUGGAAGGGGAUAAAGAUAAAGAAGCUAUUUAAGAAUAUGUUCAAGUGAGAAUAUUAGUCUUGUUUCUUUUAAAAACUUAAGGAAAUGUACACAUAUUUUA